AUGCCGAUCUCGAACUAUGGCCUGUGGAAGUGCACGGCUUCCAGCUGGAAUGGCGAAGCUAGUAGCACGCAUGGGCACCUUGAGUUCACUGAUGGCACCAACAACAACAAGACGUACGAGGCAGACGUCAACAUCUCGUCCUCGGGAAGCGACACGCGCCUCGUCUAUUGGUUUGUCUCCAACUUCAACCCGAAGCAGCCCUCCACCACCAAGCUCUCCUCCCUGGACAAGGGCUUCUCCGCGCAAAAGGGCAGCUCGUCUCUUGCACUUGAUUUCCUUCGCGAGGGCUUUCUGGACCCCUCCGCCGGCACCUUGGUGUCACACGACCCUAGUGACCCAACCGAGAAGGGUGACAUCAGCUCGUAUGUCGAUCCUAUCAUGAACCAGGCCGUGCAGGAGAAGGCGACCAUGUACAUCUGGGGCAGUCACUACAGCGACAGCAACGGCGAAGAGGGUAUCCACGAUAUCCACAUGAACCAGGGAGACUCGGGCAGCUUUGAGAAGGAGAAUGGCACGUAUCAGGAUGGCGGAAUUGUGAUUCAGUCCGCAGAUGGCUCUUGGCGCGGCAUCUUUCUCGCAUUCGCCACGGACACGCUCAAGACGGACGACAAUGGAAACCCAGAGGGACAGACGUUUGCGCAGGCUCUAGGCGGCGAUUCAAGCAGCAACACCGCCACGGACGAUACAAAGCAGAGCCAUGCAACCAAGGGCACAGUGGGCAUCGAGGCUGCAGUGGUCAACCCAAAGGGUCCAGACCGCGAGGCCAAGAAGGGCAAACGGGAGAGGGUCUAUGUGCAGAACCGCGGUGCCAGUGAUGUGAGCCUCAAGGGGUGGAAGAUUGAGAAUGGGCACGGGCAGGGACAAACGCUGGGUGACGAUGCACAGGUCAGCGCCCAUAGCAAGCACUGCUUCGAGGUGUCCGAGGCGCAGCUCGGGAACAGAGGCGGUAAGAUCGUGUUGAAGGACACCGAUGGCCACACGGUCAGUGAGGUCAGCUACACGGAGAAGCAGGCGAGCAAGGAGGGAAGUCUACUGUACUUUACUAACUAA